GCCCUGGACUAGGUCUCUCAGGCUGUUCCAGUUGCGUGGCUGCUCAGGCGCAUGGCUCAUCCCGAUUCCUUCGCAUCGAUUGGCCCAGGAUUGGUGCGGCGUCGUGUCUGCCUGGGAGACAGAACUCAGGGGAAAAAAACUUCCUAACUUCCUCGGUUUCCGGAAGAGCAUUGUAGCCUUCCUAAAAGAAAGAAAAUGGAAUCCUGAAAUCGCACUGAGCUUCACAGUCAAGCGUCUUUCAGAGACUAUUGGAAGAACAACUGGGUCGUACGAUUACAUUGCUACCAACAUCAGUGUACAGGAACUGGAUCUUGUUGAAGAUCGGAGAACAUCCCUCGAUCUCCCUCCCUUCUGAAUCAAUGGAAGGGUCUGACAGUUUAGAGCAGAGUGGCAGUGACCAGCCAGAGUCACAGCGCAGAAGGCAGCUGGACCGCCUGGACAGGGAGGAGGCCUUCUACCAGUUUGUCAACAAUCUCAGUGAUGAAGACUAUCGUCUCAUGAGAGACAACAAUCUCUUGGGAACCCCAGGAGAGGUAACAGAGGAUGAAUUAUUUAAUAGACUUCAGCAAAUCAAAGAUGGUCCACAACAGCAGAAUAACACCCCUAGUACUGAAAUUGGAGAAGAUCCAGUCGUACCACCAGAAAACUCAGAGGAUCCUGCCAGUGGGGAUAGUCUCCUGGACUGGCUGAAUACUGUGAGGCGCACAGGCAACACAACCAGGACUGGUCAUCGUGGAAACCAGUCAUGGCGGGCAGUAAGCCAGACCAACCCAAACAGUGGCGAUUUUCGCUUCAGCCUUGAAAUCAGUGUGAAUCGUAACCUAGCUGAACAACAGGCAGCUGCAGAAGGGGAGCAAGAGCCUCCAGAGGGUCAAGAGGUGGCGGCGGCAACGGCGGAGGCAAUGGCGGAGGCAACGGCGGAGGCAACGGCGGAGGCAACGGCGGAGGCAGCGGCGGAGGCAACAGCAGAGGCGGCAGCAGAGGCGGCAGCAGAGGCAACAGCAGAGGCAACAGCAGAGGCGGCAGCAGAGGCAAUGGCGGCUACGACGACAACAACAAGUGCCGAACCAGAGGUUCCCAUGGAGACAGAAGUGGUGGAAGAACCAGUUGUAGAAGAGUUGGCUGUCAUAGUGGAACCAGAGCCUGAGGUAGAAGAGGUUGUUUCUCAAGAGAUUUUAGAAGAAUCUCCCAGCUCCCCCACUCCAAUGGCAAUACAACCCCCACUUUCUCCCUCACCACGAAGAGGACAAAGAAGAGCCCGAAGUCGCAGUCCAGAACCACGCAGGACCAGGGCCCGUACAGCCAGGAGCCGCUCCCCUCUCAGUUUGGAUCAGUUGGAUGGGCUCCCUAGUCAACGUCAGGCUCACAACUCUCAAGGCCCUAACUCUGCCACCAGUUCUCCCCCUAUGCCUCAAGUGGAGGGCAGUUCACGGACUCGACAACAUGUUCUUUCCAGGCAAAGCACGGCUGACAAUGAUGUUCAGCCACCUAGGGAUGGUGCAGAAUCUGUCACCGAGGCCCAAAACGUUGAAUCUCAGGAAGGAGAGGCUGCUGGGGGAGAAAGUGGUGCCGCAGGGCGGCGCCCUCCUACUAUUAUGCUUGACCUCCAGGUGCGUCGUGUGCGUCCAGGUGAAUAUCGGCAAAGAGACAGCAUUGCCAGUCGUACCCGCUCGCGCUCUCAGAACUCAAACAACACAUUUCUUUAUGAGAGUGAGCGUGGCGGAUUUCGCAGGACUUUCUCACGCUCUGAGCGUGCUGGUGUGAGGACCUACGUCAGCACUAUUCGCAUCCCGAUCCGAAGAAUCUCUGAUGCAGGUUUGGGAGAGGCAACCUCAAUGGCUCUCCAGUCUAUGAUUAGACAGAUUAUGACUGGUUUUGGUGAACUUGGCUACCUCAUGGAUUCAGACUCUGAUUCUUCAGAUUCAAACCGUGGAGCCGGCACACCGACAGAUCUGAGUGAAACUCUAAACAACCCAGAUGCUGCUCCUGCUGCGGCAGCUGCUGCUGCUGCUCCCUCUGCUGCUGAUGUUGAUGAACCACCUGAGGCUGCUGGAGUCAGAGCAAGGACAGUUGAGACUGAUAUGGUUGAGGGCCUUGCCGCUGGAACACCUGCCUCUGGUGGCAGGGCUCGACCCAGACCCCCUAUCAGCCUAGAGGAGCCCAGCUCACUGCCCUUCCUGCGCCUCGCCCACUUCUUCCUCCUUAAUGAUGAUGACGAGGACCAGCCUCAAGGGCUGACGAAAGAGCAGAUUGACAACCUCUCCAUGCGCAACUUUGGUGAGAAUGAUGCCUUGAAAACUUGCAGCGUCUGCAUAACAGAGUAUGCAGAAGGUAACAAGCUACGGAAGCUACCCUGCUCUCAUGAAUAUCACGUGCACUGCAUCGACCGCUGGCUGUCUGAAAACUCAACAUGCCCUAUCUGCCGCAGGGCUGUCCUGGUAUCGGCCAACCGAGAGAGUGUGGUGUAGCUCCGUACAGACUGUGGGGCCUUUUGUCUCCAACUAAAUAAUCUAAUAUCCCAAGUCCAUGAGAGUGUCUCCUUUGUUGAAAUGUAUUUCCCUCAUACCAUUUGUGAGUUUGGUCAUAAUGCAGUUGCAGGUUUGAUACGGGGUGCUCCACACAGUGACAUUGGGGCAUUUUCACUCUCUAGUAAGACUAUUAUUAAUGCAGUCCAAAGUUAGACACAAGCAAUGCAUGCUGCUUGAAUCCACCCGUAGUGACCAAGCAGUUUUUUGCACUGCGCCCCUCCAUGCACACAAGCAGAUCUGGAUCUAAUAAAGAACCCCCUGGUUAUAAAUGCUGCACACCUGCAGGUAGUUCAGGCACUUCAAGUCCUUUUGUAUUAGCUCCUAAAUGGUGCAUUUAUAUACCAUAAGUUGGGUAUUGGUACAAUUCGUAGUUACACCAGUUCAAAGUAUUAGCUGUAAAUAAGCGUGUAAAAAAAAAAAAUAAUUUUGAAUCAUACUUUGUAUCAUUGAAUUGGUUUUCUGGAUUGUAAAUGAUCUCAUGAUGAUUAGGGUAAUGCUGGCCUCAAUUAUUCUAUCACAGCAUCUAAAUUUGGUGUUAAACAAAUAGGUGGUAUCGGUGUCACAUCAGGAUAAUUUAGAAAUUGUGAUGUCCAAAGGAUGUAGGACAUGAAUUGGUUUGACAUUUACAGUGUGACUUGUACUCUUUUCAUUUUUUUUUGGUCUACCUGAAAGAAAAUAAUUAAUACUUUGGGAGUGGCAUAUACCAUGAAAAUCUUCAGCGUGUGCUGUAUUGUGUUAAAAAAAAAGAACAAACAACGUUGUACAAUAAUAAAGGGAAAGGGAAAUUCACCUAGGUUACUUUACAAAGCACAAGUUUAAUUUGGAAUCAUAACAUCUUCCUGAUCAUAAAAAUUGUUGACUAGUAUUCAUACCAGAACUUGGGAGUUGAUAUCAAGUUGUUGGCAUGUGAUCCCCCCGCCCUCCCCAUCUCAAAAAUAUACUAAUGGACAUGAGAUUUCAGAAAUUUAAAUACAGUUAAGUUUGCUUUAUUGCCCCCACAUGUGCAAGUUAUUUUUUUUUUUCACGUACGGUUUUACAAUCAUUCUUUGCCGAUAUCCAUUGGCUACUUGCCUGAUACUUAAUUUUGCCACUAACAAAAAGGAUUGUCUUUAUGAAUGGACCGAUGAAUUAAGAUCUCUAAAUGACUUUUUUUUGUCAGACUCCUUCUGUCUUAUUAUGGUUCCUGGUUCCGUUGGAAAGUCAGAAUGCUUCGGCUCACUGUGCUCUCCCUCUGCCACAUGAGCAGAUGCUCAAUAUCAGCGUGCAAUACAUGCAAAAGUGAAAAGUAGAGGAUAACAAACCAUGAUAUAAAAUGUAUGAUAUUCUUAAAAACUUGUUAAUGGCUAAAAUCUUAAAUGAGGACUUAUUAUAUUUUAAAAAUGUGUUGAAGUUUGUUUUAUUUUAUGUAGACGUUCCGUAGGUUUUUAAUAGCACUGUUGAUGAACAGAAACACUGGCUGAAGGAAGAAAAGUGCAUCACUAUUAAUGCCACCCUGUCAUGUUUCUUGUUUCACUGUUUGAUGUCUAUACCGCAAUUAUUACUUCCCUCGUUGAGACAAAGUUUGAAUCCAAGACGUUGUCAUUGUUGCAAACCAUGAACCUGUAAAUGAAACGUAUGUUCCCUCUUUGGCCAAGCUUUAGUUCUGGCCUUGUUCUGUGACCCACCCAGUGCAGUAUGUUAACUGGGUGUUAAACGAAACUAACCGCUGAAUUAAAGUUGUUAUGCUACAAA